GCCAUUUUGUUAUAGGCUAUUGUUAGCAGAAUAACUGCGAUGGUGAAAGUAAGAGCUAGAAUAGCCGAUUUUCACAAAUCUUGCAUUUUUAUUUGGACCUGUACAGACACCAAUUAGUAUUACUUCUACGUUAAAAUAACCGAUAAUUAUUCGACGUGGUGUCUGCUUUGUGCUCGUGGCUUGAAUCAAUAUAUAUAUUUUUCCAUUUAGCUGAUUCGCGUUGCUAGCUAGCUAGCUAGAGAGGGAGCUGCUCGGUUCAUUUGGUUUAACGUUACAACAUUGUCUUUAAUGCUGUAGCUGGGCUUUUUAAUGUUGCUUAACUGAUUAGGUGCCACACACAGCACUUGUGGUCGUAUUUAUUUGAACUAGUAGCUUAUUUAUUGUCACACUGACGACCAGUCUGCAAGACACGAAGACAGGCGGAGAGAUGGCGAGCUCGGUGGGAAACGUGGCCGACAGCACAGAACCAACAAAACGUAUGCUUUCCUUCCAAGGGUUGGCUGAGCUGGCACACCGCGAGUACCAGUCAGGCGAUUUCGAGGCGGCAGAGCGCCACUGCAUGCAGCUGUGGCGGCAGGAGCCAGACAAUACCGGUGUUCUGCUGCUGCUUUCUUCUAUCCACUUCCAGUGCCGCAGGCUCGACAGGUCUGCUCACUUCAGCACUCUGGCCAUCAAGCAGAAUCCCAUGCUUGCCGAGGCCUACUCCAACCUGGGCAACGUGUUUAAGGAGCGCGGUCAGCUGCAGGAGGCGAUCGAGCAUUAUCGCCACGCGCUGCGCCUCAAACCGGACUUCAUCGAUGGCUACAUCAACCUGGCAGCGGCUCUGGUUGCAGCGGGAGACAUGGAGGGUGCUGUGCAGGCUUAUGUGUCCGCUCUUCAGUACAACCCGGAUCUGUAUUGUGUUCGCAGCGACUUGGGCAACCUUCUUAAAGCUCUCGGGCGUUUGGAAGAGGCAAAGGCCUGCUACCUGAAGGCGAUCGAGACUCAGCCAAACUUUGCCGUGGCGUGGAGCAACCUGGGCUGCGUGUUCAAUGCUCAGGGAGAGAUCUGGCUGGCCAUUCAUCAUUUCGAGAAGGCAGUAACCUUGGAUCCAAAUUUUUUGGACGCUUACAUAAACUUGGGCAACGUUCUUAAAGAAGCCCGCAUCUUUGACAGAGCUGUUGCUGGUUAUCUGCGAGCCCUCAGUCUGAGCCCCAACCACGCCGUAGUCCACGGCAACUUGGCCUGCGUGUACUACGAGCAGGGUCUGAUCGAUCUGGCCAUUGACACCUAUCGACGUGCUAUUGAGCUGCAGCCUCACUUCCCUGAUGCUUACUGCAAUCUUGCCAAUGCUCUUAAAGAAAAGGGGAACGUGUCGGAGGCCGAGGAGUGCUACAACACGGCACUGCGUCUUUGCCCCACGCAUGCCGACUCGCUCAAUAACCUGGCCAACAUCAAACGCGAGCAAGGCAACAUCGAAGAGGCCGUCCAGCUCUACAGAAAAGCUCUCGAGGUGUUCCCAGAGUUCGCUGCAGCCCACUCCAACCUCGCCAGCGUCCUUCAGCAGCAGGGCAAGCUCCAGGAAGCCCUCAUGCAUUACAAAGAAGCGAUCAGGAUCAGCCCCACCUUCGCCGAUGCUUACUCCAACAUGGGGAACACACUAAAGGAGAUGCAGGACGUGCAGGGGGCGCUGCAGUGCUACACACGUGCGAUUCAGAUCAACCCUGCGUUUGCAGACGCUCACAGCAACCUGGCCUCGAUACACAAGGACUCUGGAAAUAUUCCGGAAGCUAUUGCAUCUUACCGCACUGCUCUAAAGCUGAAGCCUGACUUCCCAGAUGCUUACUGCAAUCUUGCUCACUGCCUGCAGAUCGUGUGUGACUGGACCGAUUAUGAUGAACGCAUGAAGAAGUUGGUUAGCAUCGUGGCUGACCAGUUGGAAAAGAACCGUCUGCCCUCAGUGCACCCUCAUCACAGCAUGUUGUAUCCUCUUUCCCAUGGCUUCCGCAAAGCCAUCGCUGAGAGACACGGCAACCUCUGCUUGGAUAAGAUCAAUGCUCUUCAUAAACCUGCUUACGAGCAUCCCAAGGACCUGAAAGCAAGCGGAGGACGUUUGCGUGUUGGCUACGUCAGCUCGGACUUUGGCAACCACCCCACCUCGCACCUCAUGCAGUCCAUUCCUGGCAUGCAUAACUCUGAGAAGUUUGAGGUGUUCUGCUACGCUCUCAGUCCUGACGACAGCACUAACUUCAGAGUCAAAGUGAUUGCCGAGGCUCAUCACUUUACUGAUCUUUCCCAGAUUACCUGCAACGGCAAAGCUGCAGACAGGAUCCACCAAGAUGGAAUUCACAUCCUGGUCAACAUGAACGGCUAUACCAAGGGUGCCCGUAACGAGCUGUUCGCCUUGCGCCCAGCUCCCAUCCAGGCUAUGUGGCUCGGCUACCCGGGCACCAGCGGAGCUCCCUUCAUGGACUACAUCAUCACUGAUAAGGAGACAUCUCCGGUUGAAGUGGCCGAGCAGUAUUCUGAGAAGAUGGCCUACAUGCCUAACACAUUCUUUAUCGGGGAUCAUGCUAACAUGUUCCCGCACCUCAAGAAAAAGGCCGUGAUCGACUUCAAGUCCAACGGACACAUUUUUGACAAUCGCAUCGUGCUGAACGGAAUCGAUCUCAAAGCCUUUUUAGACAGCCUGCCGGACGUCAAGGUCAUUAAGAUGGAGUGCGACAGCCAGGAGUCCACAGAUAAUAAUGGAGCCCUCUCCAUGCCAGUCAUCCCUAUGAACACGGCUGCCGAGGCCAUCAUUAACAUGAUCAACCAAGGCCAGAUCCAGGUCACCAUCAACAGUUUCACAGUCAGCAAUGGCUUGGCUACCACUCAGAUCAAUAACAAGGCUGCAACAGGCGAAGAGGUUCCUAGAACAAUUGUGGUGACCACUCGCUCUCAAUAUGGUCUGCCCGAGGACUCUAUUGUCUACUGUAACUUCAACCAACUCUACAAGAUUGACCCCCCAACUCUGCAGAUGUGGGCUAAUAUCCUGAAACGUGUGCCGAACAGCGUUCUGUGGCUGUUGCGCUUCCCGGCCGUGGGCGAGCCCAACAUCCAGCAGUAUGCCCAGAGCAUGGGCCUGGCUGCCAGCCGCAUCAUCUUCUCCCCUGUUGCCCCUAAAGAAGAGCAUGUGAGGCGUGGCCAGCUGGCUGAUGUCUGCCUCGAUACUCCUCUCUGCAAUGGCCACACCACUGGCAUGGAUGUGCUCUGGGCUGGCACCCCGAUGGUCACAAUGCCAGGUGAGACACUCGCCUCCCGCGUGGCCGCCUCUCAGUUGACUUGCCUCGGCUGCCCCGAGCUCAUCGCGCAGAGUCGGCAGGAGUAUGAAGACGUGGCCGUCAAGCUCGGCACAGACAUGGAGUACUUGAAGAAGAUCCGAUCCCGCGUAUGGAAGCAGCGUAUCUGCAGCCCGCUCUUCAACACUAAGCAGUACACCGUGGACUUAGAGCGCCUCUACCUGCAGAUGUGGGAGCACCACGCAAGCGGCGGCAAACCCGACCACCUGGUGAAGAUGCAGCUGCUCGACAGCAGCGAAAGUGCCUGAGCUUGCCCCACCUCUUUCCCCUCCACGCUUCUUCAGUUUUCAUCAGUGUCAGAGACUCUAUAGAGCCUGCUUUUCAGCACCAUCACCGUGAUCCUGUCCCUUCAGCCACAGAUUUGGUUUCUGUGAGCCAGCGAGGAGAGCGUGACGAUCGGACCUCCUUCACUGAGACUUACAAACAACCCCCCCCCCCCCAAAUAUUAUCACGUUCACACUGGCUUCACUUCUGCUGCUUCUCUGUUCUGCUUGGGUGUGGACUUUUGAAGACAGAGCAAUCUUGUGUGACCUUCGUGUCUUUCAAUGAAGGGUUUUUGUUUUUGUUUUUUUUCUUAAGCGUCAGAGGGACAGUGUUGAACUUCAACACUUUGGUAUGUUGCUAAAAACGAAUGAUUGGCUUUAACAUGCGAAUGUGAACAUUUUUGCCUUUUUAGUUAGCAGAUAUGUUUCUUUAUAUGUUUUAUUCUGUUCAUCAUGACUUGGAAUAGAUGUGUGUGAAUUGUAACGAUUCUCCAAUGAUUUUUUCCUUCAUAUUUAGUAAUGCGGAAUAUGUUCAGUUCUAUUGUUUCAUCAAACGUGCCCAGAAUGUGUAUGGAGAAGCUAGAAUGAAGACGACCUCACUGCAUAUCUGAUAAUAGUCUGCGGACUAUCCUAGUAUUCAUCCUAAAUGCUAAUUUGUUUUUAUUAUUUUUUACCAGAAAGGUUCGAGGUAAGUAUUUUCUAAGUUCAUCGUUUUGUACACUGUCUUCCUAUCGAUCAUUUUAUUUAUGCUCUGUCAAUGAAAUUGCAAGGCUCUCUUACACAAACUGAAAUAAAGAAAUGUGGCAACCCCUCAAA